CGGAUACCAAACAAAGUGCGUCACUCAUCCUCCAGUCAACUUACAGCUGGAAGGACAGGCAUUUGUUUUGGAAAUUUUAGCGAGCUACAUUUUUAUCACUGGUGAAACAUGGUGAAGAUCGCCUUUAACUCAGCUUUGGCGCAGAAGGCGCUGGGAAAGGAUGUCCUUGUCAACGACAAAGAUCCAGAGACUGCUUCGGUGUACCGUCAUGAGAGCUCCACAGGCCGCUGCCUACUCACCCUGCUCGGUCUUGCGUUCAUCCUGACCGGUCUCAUCGUUGGUGGAGCCUGUGUGUACCGUUACUUUACCCCAAAGAAGCUGUACCAUGGAGCCAUGCACUUCACCGAGAUGGACAACGAAGACAUCCGUGAGCCCUACUACCUGCCCCGCAUUGAUGAGGAGGUGGAGAUCCGUGAUAACGUGGCCACCAUCAAUGUCACCACACCCCACUUCAGCGAUGGGGACCCAGCUUACAUCCUGCAUGACUUCCAGCGGAAGCUGACAGCGUACCUGGAUCUGACCCUGCGCACCUGUUACAUCAUCCCGCUCAACACCUCCGUCGUCAUGCCGCCUCAGGAUCUCCUGGACCUCUUCAUGCAGCUGAUGGCCGGCUCCUACAAGACCUACCUGGUGCACGAGGACCUGGUGGUGACGGAGCGCAUCGAUGACCUCACUGACCUGGGUGUCUACAUCUACCGCCUGUGCGACGGCAAGGAGACCUACCGCAUGCAGCGCCGCUCUGAGAUCUACGGCAUCCAGAAACGGUCGGUGGAGAACUGUCGCACCAUUCGCCACUUUGAGAACAAGUUUGUGACCGUCACCAAGAUCUGCCAUGACUGAAGCGGUGGACACGCCUGCAGGAGGGGGUAGUGGAGGAGGGGAGGGGUGACUGCAAUUACCCCCCACCCCUCUCUCCCCCACCCCUCUCAGUGGCCCUGGUGUUUGGGAAAGGGGUUGGGGGUGGGGGGGGGGGGGGGGUGUGGGAAUGUGAGGGGGUGGCUGGGAUGAGGAGUGUGGCUGCUGUGACCUCUGACAAGGCCAGAAUCGGUCAGCUCACUCUUUGUUCUCAUUUUUGUGUACAUACAGCAAACUGCAAAUCCUCUUGACUCUCUCUCCUAUUCGCCGUUUUUGCAUAGUAGUGAGAAGUGUCUAUUUAAUGACGCCAACAAAAGCGACAAUAUAUAUUUAAAAAAAACAGCCCCAUAGUUGAUCACUUCCCUCUUUACUCCCCAGUUGCUACUGUAUGUAACUAAAUGACCGUGCUUUCGCUUUAAGCCCCUUAGAACUAACCCCUAACUUUUGCUGCUGAUCUCAAACUCUGUGCAUAUAGCUCUGUGUAUACCAUCACCGCAAGAGCAUCUUUAUUUAAAACAAAGUAAAAUAAGUAAAACUGUGUGUGUAUUCUACUAACCCUAUUGGGAUAGCACUGUCGCUUUGUUGGAGGAGAAUACUUUUUCCCUUUAUGAUAUAUGUAUUUAAGUCCGCUCAUGUUUGUGAUUAUCACUUGUUGCUCUUGUUUUGUUGUUCAUUUAGUUUUUUGUGUAUGUUUCCAAGAUGACAGUCCUUAACAUUUCUCCUUUACUUGACAACAGUGCAUGCCGUGCGUGUUAGCGCUUGUGUUAGGUAGUGCUUGUUUUUUUUUAGACUUGUUUAGAGAGAGGAGCGACUCAUUUAUGCGUUGUGAGCACAAGAAGGCCGCCAAGGCUGUGUCCACCAGCACCCUCUAGUGGCCAAUGUGAGGUAGUGCACUGAGGUGCUCCCCGCAUCACAAUGGGAAAUUGUUGGUGUGAGGGGGGCGGGGGAGCCCUGAGAUGUAAAGUAUUGUUCCCAUGGGAUAGUAUCUAUACUGUUAUGCUGGAGCUGUGCAGCUAACAGCAUGUACAGACAUUUAUUAUAACACGACUGAGAAAAUCGGGGCCCAAUUUGGUGAGCAGGAAGUAGGUCAAGCAGAAUUACUUUGCCAUGUCUGAUUGGUAGGAGAUGAGCAUCUGUAUGUAAACCGUGGCAUUUGACUGAUUUCACUUUUGACUGAUUUCACUUUUGAUGCCCACACAUGCACGUACACGGUGUAGGCCGCCCCAGUAGACCGACCCAGGCAGGUGCUUCUAGAAGCUUUGUAGACUUGGCGGGCCAUCUACCCCGCCUUGGUCUUCAAAUCGUUCUGCAUGAAUGAGGUUCUACCGAACACCACUGGGCUAAGAUGCUUCUCAAAGAUGGCAGAAACACACACACACAAACACACACACAAACACAGAGGACUGUGUAUCUGCAGUACCUCUGGGCGCUGUGCAUAAGCACGCUUGCGAUUCCCCUCCUUGUUGCUCACCCUUCAGCUAAAGGAUGCAGCAAGUCUCCUCACGUGGACCAAAGUUAAAACAAACUCGAUGAGUAAAAUUAUAAUGAAGGACGCUAAACCCACCAACCAAUUCAUUGGAAGAUUAGCAAAUGUUCCACUAGUGAAAUUCCCCUGUUAACGUUUUUAGGUGGUAGGUCACAAUUUGGGUAAAGGGAUCUGGAGCUGUGGUAGGAACUGAAGUUACAAAGUUUCUGUCAGGGCCUUUAUCUGUAGUUUGCACAUAGAAAGGAAGUAGGAGGCUUGUCCAGGGAGCCUGUGGUAUGCCACAUUUGGGUUGAUGCAAGCAGGUUUCUGUGACGAAAGGCCUCUAACUGCUGUAGAUACAGCUGUGUUUUAGAUGUUAACUGCUGUUGUCAUUUAUUGUGUGUAUGAGUUUUUUUUUUUUUUUUCUACCCCUUGUGUAACCAAGACAGGCGCCAAUUGUGUUUUUUGCUGUUACUUUAGCUUUCUCUGAGUCUUGUUGUCAAAAUCUCCUCCAUUUUGGGAUGAAGUAAAUUUUGAGGUGUGUGGAGAGAGGUGUUGUUACGACUGUGUUCCCAGCAGGACAAUCAGGAGGCGUAAUACACAGUGGGGCGGAUGAAGGGAUGAAAAAGUCACUGUGUUUUUUAUUCGCUUACGCUCUGCAUAGCCCUCAGCAUUUUAAAGAUGAUGACGGGAGGUCUGUGAACCCAACUGACAAAAUUUCACUUUGUAAGAUCUGUUGUUUUUUUUUUCCUUCUUUUUUUUUGUGUUGUGGUUAAAAUAAAGAUUAAUUUCUUUA